AUGGAACCUCAACAACACCCACAACAACAAAUGCAGCCACAGCCACAGCCACAGCCAAACGAAGAUAGCAGCAGUAGCAGUAAUAGCAAAGGGAACAACUUCCUUUGCAGGCAGAGUAGUUCAAGGUGGACACCCACAACUGACCAGAUAAGAAUAUUGAAGGAACUUUACUACAACAACGGAAUUAGGUCUCCAAGUGCUGAACAGAUACAGAAAAUCUCAGCUCGUUUAAGACAGUACGGGAAGAUAGAGGGUAAGAAUGUCUUCUAUUGGUUUCAGAACCAUAAAGCUCGUGAAAGGCAAAAGAAGAGAUUCACUGUUGAUAUGUCCAUGCAAAGAGGAGCUGGUGGUGGUGGUGGUGUGUGGAAGUCUGAGGACUCCAGUCACAAGAAGUACACUUGCAUCACUCCUGGGGUAUGUUCUCCUUCAUCUACUUCAACUGGUGCACUUGGUAUGAGGCAGAUGGGUAUCUCUGGGAAUGGAUCAUUUCUCAUGGAGAAGAGCUUUGGGGACUGUUCGAUUUCUGGUGGUGGCGGUGGCAAUGGUGUUGGUGGGUCUAUGAGGAACAACAAUAACCUUGGAUGGGCAGGUGUGGAUCCGUAUUCUGCAACUUAUACACUCUACGACAAGAGAAGAAUGUUUUAUGGAGAAGAGCAGAAUGAAGAAGAAGAAGAAGAAGAAGGAGGUGAUAAUAGUCAUGAUAACGCCAUGGAAACGCUUCCUCUCUUCCCCAUGCACGGAGAGAACAUACCUGGUGGAUUCUGCUCUGCAAAGUUCAAUUCCGGCACCGCCGAUUGGAACUACACAGGAUGGUAUGGAGGAGGAGGACCACCACCUAAGAACGACCCCAAUGGAAAUGGUGUGUGUUCUCGAACAUCGCUUGAGCUCAGCCUCAACUCUUACAGCCCAAGAUCGCCAGAUUCUUCUUCCUGA